UUUUCGGAUUAAAAUUAUAUUUGCAUUGUGGUUGAAAGAUGGGAAAAUUGAAGAACAUAGAAAAGGGAACAACAGAAAACCAUCAAAUCAUCUGUGGUAUGCAAAAAUGUCAAGAAAAUCGGCAACCGUGGCGGUUGUGUAUACACAAAAGUCAUAGAAAGCAAAUGCAAAAAGGAAAACAAUUGUCAAAUUUGUCAUCAAAGUCAAAAAAUUGGCGGCACAUGUAAAUUGGUUAAAAUUCAUUAAAAAAUAUUUCGAAAAUUUAUUAAUUAUCAAAGUUUGAAUUAAUUGCAAUUAAUUUUUUUUUCAUAAGUGAAAUAAAAAGCAAAAAAAGAAAUGGUUGAACGUAUUGAAGAUUUAAAUUUACCUAAUGCUGUUAUUGCUCGUCUUAUUAAAGAAGCUUUACCGGAUGGAACGAAUGUGUCGAAAGAAGCUAGAGCGGCAAUUGCCCGAGCAGCUUCAAUUUUUGUCAUAUUUUUGACCUCAACUUCAACAAAUUUGGCGCAUAAACAAAAUCAUAAAAGCAUUACUACCGCCAAUAUCUUAGAUGCUCUCAAGAAGCUGGAAUUUGAAAGUUUUAUUGAUCCCUUGACACAAGAUUUAGAAGGCUAUCGCAAACUGGUAAAAGAGAAGAAGGAAAAAACGAAGAAAGAAACAUCGACUAAAGUGGAUGAUACCACCGCCAUCGCCACGAAAGACGCAAAUUAAGAAAGUGUAAUGGAAUUCUUUUCAUUUUAAGUGGGUUUAAUGUUUUAAAUUAUAUUGUAGCUUGAUCCAAUUUGAUUGUUUUUAAUUCAUCAUCAUUUUCGUUACAAUUAUGUUUUUUUUGGCUUGUAGUCUGUGAGAAAAUAUUAUAACUUAUAUUGUGCUUAUAAAAAAGUGUUUAAAUUGUUUCCGAAAGUCGAAAGUUGUUUUUGUAAAAAUCUUUCCCUCUCGCAAUGUUU